CCCUCCCAGCGAUGAUAUCCCACCCUGUGAUCUGUGCUCUCCGUAACAGUGUGAGGUGUUGGAGACAACGAGCUGUCAUUAAAGCAGCUGUGGAGGCCUCUGACUUGUGCGGCUGGCGCUGCUACUCUACUUCUCAUCACCGCGGUGUGACGGGCAUGGAGGCGAUACUGUCCAGGGUCGUUACACCUUUACCAACAUACGAGACCAGAGACAAAUUCCCUCCUCCUCCUGAAUCCAACAGCGUGGAGUUCAUGCACUUCUACAAAAGUCUCGACAAAGAAGACAAACUCGGUUGCUUGACGAAGCUGUCUCAUGAUUUCGGGGUGGAUCACAAAAGCGCGUCGGAGUUGGCAGUGAAGCUGUUGGACACCCAGGUGAGGGACCUGGCGACCAUACUACAAGCUGAAGACAGGCUGCGGUACAGCCUGACCCCCCGUUAUAAACAGCUGCUCAACCAUAUAAGCAAAGUCGAAGGGGGAGUGAAGUUUUUGGUGGAUCUCCGAGCCGACGUGCUUGAAAUCAUCUCAUCUAAAGCUAGCGAUAGCCCUCACAUCAGGGACCUGAACGGCACACUGAAGAGCUUGCUGUCCGAGUGGUUCUCUGUAGGUCUUCUCCGCCUGGAGCGAAUCACCUGGCAGUCCCCCUGCGAGAUCCUGCAGAAGAUCAGCCAGUAUGAGGCUGUCCACCCUGUGAGGAACUGGACUGAUCUGAAGCGCAGAGUGGGACCAUACCGUCGUUGCUAUGCCUUCACCCAUGCCGCCAUGCCAGGAGAGCCCCUGGUAGUGUUACACGUGGCCCUCACUGAAGACAUCGCCGAUAACAUUCAGAGUAUCGUCCGUGAAAUCGCCACCCCUACGCCAUGCUUCGAGGAGGAUGUGAAUAAAGUCAACUCAGCCAUCUUCUAUUCCAUCUCCUCCACCCAGGCUGGCCUUCAAGGUGUGGAGCUGGGCAACUACCUUAUCAAGAAGGUGGUGCGAGAACUGCAGAGCGAGUUUCCUCACAUGGCCCAGUUCUCCAGCUUGUCACCCAUCCCAGGCUUCUCCUCCUGGCUCCAAGGUCUCCUCAGCCAGUACAGGAAGGAGGGCCGCGGCUCCGACCUUCUCUCAGAGCAGGAAUGGAGGGAGGUGGAGCAGGCCACCGACUCAGAGCCGGGGACACCGGCCGUAGACGCACUCCGCAAGCUAAUCAGCACCAGCGAGUGGACGCGCUCCGAGCGUCUGUCCAGCGUCCUGGAGCCCGUCUUGAUGCGGCUCUGCGCCUGGUACCUCUACGGGGAGAAGAGGCGAGGCUACGCUCUCAACCCGGUGGCCAACUUCCACCUGCAGAACGGCGCCACCAUGUGGCGGCUGAACUGGAACGCUGACACUAGCCCCAGGGGUGUGGCGAACUCCUGCGGCAUCAUGGUGAACUAUCGCUACUUCCUGAAUGAGACGUCUACAAACAGCGCACUUUACCUGCAGAAUAAGGUCAUCACGGCAACAGAGCAAGUGCUGGGGCUGGUGUCACAAUUUCAGAAGAACAGCAAACUUUGAGAAACUCAUACAUACACUCAUAAAUACACCUUUUGAUCCACUGGUCUGAAAGUUUGAUUGCACUUAAAUAAUAUAAUGACUGGGGAACUUCUGUUUUGUUGAUUUGUCUUAAAUAUUUGACGCUUCAUCUAAUUUAAAAGAAGAAAAAAAAGUGACAGCUUUGCAAGCACCACUGAAUGGACUGAUCUUGUUUUUGAAUUCAUCCCUUCUGCUGUAUGUAGUGCAUAGUUAGGGGUUUUUGCCUCAUUGGGUUUCUGGCUGAGGCUGUUUGAUAUUGUAUAAGUGCUUCACAGACGGAGAGACUGUAGCUAAUGAAGCACAAGGCAUCUAUCAAUGCCUUACCAUGUUCCUGGAUAACAGUGUGUGUAAUGGUGGAGCAGGAGCUACGAGGGAGUGCAGCAACUGGAAUAAAUGAUGUUUAGAUUCUUUCAUUUGGCUGAAUUUUCUCACUGCAAAGAUGUCGGGGGAAUAUUGGAUUUUGCCUUUUUUUCUUCUCGGGUCAGGUUUAUCACACCUGCUGUUGUUACACCGCCUAUUCCCACUAAAGCUCAAUACACAAAGGCAUGAAAUCACAGACUGGAAAUAUUAUUUCAUAUUAAAUAACUCUAA